UUUUCCAAACGCAGCGCACCACCAAUCUGCUCUACCGCUUGAAAGCCUGGUGCAACACAGUGACGCAAAUGUAAUUUCUGAAUUUCAGCUCCCACCACAAUGAACACCGCCACCAUAACCAAAGCCGUCGACGAGCGAUACACUGCCUCCGCCUCCGCCCCUCCCCAUCCCGCCUACUGCAAUGCCGUCGCCCAAGCAUUCGGCUACUCUGCCUCGGACCUCCUCUCAAUCCCCUCCGAAGCCAAUCUCGGCCUCAGCUGCGGGAACCCCCUCGCGCUCGCAAACCUGCACGAAGGCGAGACAGUCAUCGACCUAGGAUGCGGCGCUGGUCUCGACUGCUUCCUUGCAGCGCGGAAAGUCGGCGGUGCAGGAAGCGUCGUAGGCGUUGAUAUGAACGAGACAAUGCUCACCAAAGCUCGGGAAAACGCAUCCAAAGCCGGUAUCAGCAACACUACUUUCCUGCUCUCCCGCAUUACCGCCAUCAACCUCCCAGAUGCCACCGCUGAUGUUGUGAUAUCAAACUGCGUGAUCAAUCUUGUUCCCCGCGACGAGAAGCACCUCGUCUUCAAAGAGAUCUUUAGACUGCUGAAGCCGGGCGGCAGAGUGGCAGUGUCGGAUAUCUUGACGAAGAAGGGGCUGUCUGAGGAGAUGAAGAGGGACGUAGCGCUGUACGUAGGUUGCGUGGCGGGCGCCAGCAUGAAGGCGGAUUAUGAGGCGUGGAUGGAGCAGGCGGGGUUCCGGGAGGUGAUUAUUGUGGAUGCUGGGGUAGACUUGAAUGUUUAUGCGAGGACGGAGAACAAGGGGGUGGGUGCUGGCUGCUGUGAACCAAAGAAUGUGGAAGACAUCAAUGUGUGUUCCAAAGAGCGUGAUCGUGGUAGUGACGGAUCCUGUGGGAGCGUGAAUACAAUUGCAGGUGUCAGUGAGGGUAUGAAGACAAAUUUCCAGGAUGUGGAUCUGAAUCAGUGGGCUGGAUCAUUCAAAAUCUUUGCAGUCAAAGGCGCGUAGUCGGCCAAAAUGACGAUCCCUGGUGGACGCAGCAGGAUAAGGUAUU